CGAGCAACGAGCUGUGCCUGAAACGAAAUGAGGUCAUUUGACCAACGAUAGUUUUUGGGGUUUUACCAGGUUUUAACAUGGCAUCAGCGGCUAGGACACAUGAGGGGGCGUGAACGGGACAUGUGCUCUUUAAUGUAGAUUAUUACAUACCCAGCUGAUCUGAGAAUGAACGGAAAUCGACUAAAUUGAACAAGACAUUUAUAUUGCGCGAUCCAAAACUAGAAUUAUUGACAUUAAUGGCGGCACGAAAACGAUCCAAAAGGGACGAUACUGCCUCCGAUCUAGAGGCCGCGCUGAUUCUGUCUUCUUUGGCGACAGCCGGGAGAAAUACUGACAGAAACUUUACGAAUAAUGUAAACGGAAUACAGAGUGCAGAGAAUGGGUUCCAAACCCGUCCGAACGCCUUGGUUCAAGGGUCGGAGUCCUCAAAUAUCACAUGUGGAACUAGUGCAGCCACUCCUCCAAGCGCAACAUCUCCCGAUAAGUCAACCACUCGGCGUUCCUCUCGAGCUGGACGUGGCCGCCAUUCAAGAAGCACGGAGGAUUUUGAAAUUACUGCUGCCCCAUCAAAAAAGCCGCGAGGGGGCGGUUCAGGUGGUAAAAGGGGCGCAGGGAGGGGGAGAAGGACAAGUAAAACGAACACUGCUUCUAAUGGCACCAUGUUAAUAUCGAACCAGCCCCCCGUGGGGCCCUCAGUCCUGUCAGCCUUAGAAUUAAGACUUGGGCCACGUCCAGCAGCCCCUAAACAGCAGUCCUUAACAGAGGGUGGUGUUAAGUCCCCCGACCACCCACAUACGGUGGACAGUGCAGUGUCCUCUCCGGCCAGUAAUCCCUCAAGUGUGGACACUGCCAUAAUCAGCAGCAUUGGCAGUGAGACCAGUGGGAGAGGGCCACCGAGUUUUACGACGAAUAUACGACUGCCGCCGAAGAAACGGAGAUUUAUUGCAGAGAACGCAGAAACAGAUGCAAGCCAGAUGAAAGUUGCACAGAGCAGUCCUGAGAAGACUCCUCUCAGCAGUGCUUCCGUGAGCAUUCCAGCCGUUACCACUGCCCCCAGCCUACAGCCUGCCAUAUACAACACAGCCGCUGGCGCAGCUGUCAUGGCGGUUGAUCCACAGCAAAGCUUGAUUAUGCUCGCAGAAUGUCAGAUGGCUCUCAGAAAGGACGAGGAUGGGGACUUGCCUCUUCACAUCGCAGUGGUACAGGAGGAGGCAGAAGCUGUGGAGAAGUUAAUUCAACUCAUGAAGAUGUCCAAUGUGUCAGUGGAUGUGUAUAAUAAACUGCGACAGACUCCCCUUCACUUGGCUGUGAUCACCCAGCAAUGGCAGCUAGUGGUGAAACUCCUGCAGCAUGGCGCCACCACAGCCUUACCGAACCGCCAUGGACAGAACGCCUUCCAUCUUGCCGCGAAACGGCCGCCUAAUGACUGCCUCAAGAUUCUCUUACGCCAGUCGGACAUUCAGUCGGAGAUAAACGCCAGGGAUUACGAAGGUGGCCACACUCCCGUUCAUGUAGCAGUUACCCACAACAACUUUGAGGCCGUGGAGUUGUUACUGGCGCACGGAGCUGAUGUUGAUGCAAUGGAUGGGAAAAGUGGAAAAACUGCCCUGUUUCAUGCAGCAGAGAACAACCAGUACCAGAUGGUGAAAAAACUUCUGGAUCUCGGGUGCAGCGUCAACCUUCAGAACUACAGCGGGACCACUGCCCUGCAGGCGACCUCGGGACGUGGCCACAUGGAUGUGGUCAUGUUGCUGAUCCGCUACGGAGCAGAUACGUCAGUGCGCAGCAGCAAGGAGGACGGUAUCUUCUCCAGCACCAAAGAUAGGAAGUCCCGAGAGACAUCCCGUUCUACCACACCUGACAUGUUGAGUCAACGUCCCUCUCCUGCUCGUCCCAGCCAGCCGCCCACCCCGACUGAAUCACCAAAGCCAGGCACUGCCACGACAGUUUCUUCCUCUGUGCCAUCCAUUCCAGACACUGCCUGUCCUACUGACUCUAACCAAACAAAUGUGGGGAUCAAGGAAUCUAAAAAGAAACUAUCAAUUCCUGCUACUGGAGCUGCAGUGAGUGUCUCAACACCAGAAACAACGUCUACCACUGAUCCACACACGUCUGCUACUCAGGCCACAGUGGUGCCAUCUGUGAAUGAAACUUUGGCUACAGACUCUACCAGUGUUCCAGCCUCAAAAGAUUCAAGUCAGCCUGAUGCUGAUUCUUCUACAACACCCAGGUCCUCAGUACCCCAUUCUAAUAAACCAGAGACAAGUCAAGUCAAAACGUCAGCUUCAGGCAAUGCAAAAUUCAGCAAAGUCUCAGAGUCUACCCUGGAAAAGGUAUUGCAGAAAGUACAUGGUGAUGCUAAAAAAACUGCUGCAACUGAUACCAGUGAUCAAAAAGAAUUUCCAGACAUAAAGACAAAAAAAGAAGGAGAUGGGGCUGAAAAAACAGCUGUGUCUUCCCCCAGCAGCACUGCCAGCACUCCAUCUGUAACCCAGAGCCCUGCAGGAUUGGUGCCAAUGCCCCCCAUGAUGUAUCCUCAUAUGGCAGGACACCUUGCAGGGAUCCCACCCCGUAUGAUGAUGUAUCCUUAUGCUGGUAUGCCUGGAUUGCCAGGAGGGAUGUACCACAUGAGACCUGGGAUGGGGACCAGCGCAGUCCAGCCCAUGGUACCGUUUCACGGUGGUAUGUCCAGUUUUCCUCAGACCACUACGCUGCCAGGUUCGGUCUCAGCCACCUCUGCGGUCUCUAGGGGAGUUCCAGGAGUUGUCCAGAGCACUGCCCAGUCCAGCCCAGUGACCACAUCAGCCAGUCCAGGGGCAUUCCACACCACUAACUCAGCAACCAUACCACGGGUGUCAGCACAGGAGAGUGGAAUCACUACAGACCCUGUGGGUUCCACAGACAAGAAGCUAGACAUUCCCUCCUCUCUGGCCGAUAGCAUGAGAUUAUCUCCCAUAACUCCAACAAGCGCUGAUGCUGCUCCACCUCUGUAUCCCACAGUGCUGCCACAUAUAGUUGCAGAGGAGGAGGAGGCGGCUGUCACUGUGAACAAGGUGUCCUUGUGCAGUGCUCCCCCUGAAGUGCCAAUAACAGUAGAGAAAUACACCAGUCGCAAAACUGCUGAAACUUCUAGCUUUUCUCCAACCUCGACGCCAGCCAAAGUCCAAAGUGUAGAGCAUCAUCAAAACACAGAUCAAAACCGCAGUGAAGGCCAGACGCCCAUCCAGGUGCCGUUGAAGGGUGACUGCAGCACUGCCCCAACCACUACUGCCACUGAUCCAGCCACAUCUAGCAGUCCAGUGAAGGCCUUCCCCAAGUCCAUGCAGUCUCACCCAGCCUACAGACAGGGGUAUGCCAUAGCCAGUGCUAUAGCCAGUAAGAACCCAGAGUUGUUUCGUAUGAUGCAACCUGGUAUGAUGAACUCCCGAAUGGCUUACAGCCAGGCUCUGGCAGCCAUGUCUCAGGGCCAAGUGCCAGCACCCCCAGGGAAUAGCACGGUCCCCCCUGGGAAUAGCACUCACCCACAGGUGAGUGGGAACAGUGGCCCCCCAGGUGUAAACCAGCAAGUGCCUGGUUCUGUGGAGAUGAUGGUUUCACAGGGAUGCAGCACCCCCAUGUCACAGCCCCAACCAGGGAUGAUAAUGGAGCACCACCAUUCUGGCGCCCGGUACCUGCAGCCUUACCCGGUCUCCACCUCAGGCAGUAGUACUGUGGUCUAUUCACAGGUGGCACCACCUUACAUGCACCAGUUUCAAGGGUUUCACUCUGGCUAUUAUCCCUUCCACCAGUUUAUGGGGAACUCACAAGGGGACAGCCAGCCUAAACCAAAGAAAAGGAGGGCAAGAAGGAAAAAAGAAGUGGAAUUGAAAGGGAGUAGCAAAUCUCACAAUGUGGAGGGAGAGGAUACUGAUGAUGCCCCAGAAACUUUAGAAAUGGUGAAAAAUGAAACUCUUUCCUCUCCAGAGCACAGAAAAGUGGACAACACAAAUGACAUACAAACAUCUCCCGUCAAAGUGGAAAUUAAGGAGGAGAUCACAAAGCCAAGCCCUCUUAGAAAUGAUGUCCCCAAAGAUAAAGCUACUUCAUGUUCUAUAGCAGAAUCCAAGCUGGAUCAGGGGCAGAACUGUAGUGAAAUAUCUAAGUCAGCAAGUAACUCUAAAACGACAGAAGGAUCUCCAAUAAAAAUGGAAAACAAAGAGAUGCCGGAUGUUUCUGAUUAUUUGACUAGGGAUGUAGAAAUUCAAAAAACAAACAGAUGUGAUUUUUCUUGUCAGACAGACCCCAUCCUGCAUACUAAAAAUAAAAUAAGUUCAAAAACAGGACAUGUGCAUAAUAGCAACCAAAUAGAGGAAAAUGCUGCACAAAUUUUAAAGAGCAGCGGAAAGGAUAUCCCUGUUAAAGAAUCUUCCGCUGGAAUGAAAGAGGUCAGACAACAGGAUAGUAGGCUCAACGCAAAGUGCGUAGUUGAACUCGAACCCCUCUUAACCUCUGCAGGAGGCUUCUCUGCUUCAAACGGUGAAACAUUCAAUUUAAAGACAUACUCUGGUGUGAAAAGUUCACAUAUUCCUACUACAGGGGCGUCUCAUAGUAACUCAGUUGAAGAUUAUGAAAAAUCUGCUGGUGACGUUUACCAAGAUGACAUGCCAAUGGCUUCCCCAACCAGUGACGCGUGUUAUGACGAGAGUUUAAGGCAGACGAUAGAUGAUUCAGAGGCUCCUCUGUUGGAGAAAGAAAAUUGUAAAGAAUUGAACAUGCCAGCUUAUGAACCCACUGCUGAUCGUACGCGGUCCCCCAGCCCUCCCGUCAUUGACAAAUUCUGUGAUACGCCAGUGAAAGAUUUCAAACAUGGCCCUUUUGAUCGCGUUUCCGAUACGUCUGCCUCCGCCAGCCUGUUGUUUCUCGAGGAGCAACCUGUGCUGGAUAUGAGACGUGAAAGUUCAGAGGUGUUGUCCACAAAGGGUGUUUCUAAUACUGGAGAUGUGUUAAGUGUUAGACCGCACUGUGUUACACCAACGGGAAUUGAGAGAGGAUUAGCAUCGUCACCUCCAGAGGAUAUCCGUCACACUGGCGAUGUGAGGGCCCAGGAGGAAGACAAAAGUGCCAAAGCUUCAGUUUUCCUUCAAAAAUUUAAAGCCCUGUAUGAUGGACACAGUAGAACUAUAAACUCACCAAACCGUAAACAAGUAAACAAAAACUUACCGAGUUUGGCGCCUGCCUCGGAUCUGUUAACGUCCACAGAAACUUUACACUCUGGGAAGUCUGAUGAAAAGUGCCACGAUAAAAAUGCCUCUAAAUUCUUAAGUGGGUUAAAAGAUAUUGUGCACAAAAUUAACUUUAGUACCAAAAGAGCUAAAACUUCUGUUCAUCAGGUCAGUCAAGACGAUAGUGCUGUUGGGAAUAUUAGGAAAAUUGAGCACAAACAAGAUGAAUAUUUAUCAGAUUAAGGUAGCUUCCAAAGUCCCAUGUGUUCAAGUUGCGUAGCGUGUAAUGUUGUUGUUGUUUAAGUGUUCUCUGUGGACUUUUUUGAGAUUGGGUACUUCAAGCAAGACACUUGUAGUUAAUCGGGUACUCUUACUCACAGAAAAAUAAGAUAACUUACGAAACAUUAAAAUCAGAUUUUUUGGAGAAUACAAUAAUAAGUAACUUUUUUAUUUAAGGGGUACUAGCAAACGUUAUAUUUUAAAGGGAAUGAAUUUAAAGGGACACAGAACUAUA